AUGGACAUGAGCGGUCUUCUGUUUGACAACAUGACCACCAUCCCGAAUGGUAACGUGACAGGCAACACCUCGAUUGAGGUCACUACUUACAAGGUGGAGGAUGUUCUCUACCUGUCAGAGGACGGCCGACUCAAAGCAUUCUUAGAAUUUCAAGUGAGCUGGUAUAUGGAUGUGGUGUACGCCCCAAUCUGCUCCAUUCUCGGCAUCUUGGGAAAUACCUUGUCCUUCAUCGUCCUGUUGAGCUCAAACAUGCGCAACACCACUUCCUACCUGUACAUGGCCGUACUGUCCUGCACCGACACCAUCGUCCUCGUUCUCAACAUCCUCUUCAUGGUUACCAAGUUUCCGGGUCACGAGAUUUUCAAUCGCGGAACCUGCGGGCUCAUAUUCUUCCUCAUGUAUUUUUCCAUCCACUACAACGUGUUCCUCAUGUGCACCAUGACGAUAGAGCGCUACAUAGCCAUCAAGUUCCCCCUUCAUGCUCCCAAAUGGAUCACAAUCAAGAAGGCCCGAGUACUGAUACUGGUGGAGUUCAUUGUCGCGUUUUCUCUUGAUGUUCACAGCUUCUUCACACGCCAGAUAGUAGUCGACCCAAACACAGGUGUGGAGAAGUGCACAACACCUGGCGAGACCAAUACGUUCUUCGUAACCAAGAUAUGGCCGUGGGUAGACGCCGUGGUCUACUGCUAUGGGCCGCUCACGUGUCUGUUGGUUUUGAACGUACUAAUCAUCAUGGAAGUGAAGCGGGCGGGACGCAUGCAGCGGCAGAUGACACACACAGGAGUUCAGGAAAAAACUGCAGCUGACACACGGAACAGGGAGCGCCAAGUCACCGUUAUGCUUCUCGCCGUGUCCUUCACCUUCCUCAUCUUCGUCACCCCAAUGGCCGUCAUCAUUGUCGUCGAACGCUACUUCUGGGUUCAGCACAGUGCCCACGAGCAGGCUCAGUACCACCUGGUCCGUACAAUCUGCAACAACAUGAUGUAUACCAACCAUGCCUUAAAUUUCGUUCUCUACUGUGUUGGAGGCAAGAGAUUCCGUGAUCAGUUCUUCGCCAUGUUCUGCUGCAAACAGAAGCAGGCCGCCAUGGGGCGGUCCAAAAUGAUGUCCAAUGACACGUCUACUACCAACUCAAGGGUCAGCGUUGUGUCAAAUGAAAACGUCACUAUACAAACCAAAUAA